AUAGAUGAGAUCAUGAAGGCGCCGCCAAGCAGCGGGGACGCUGCCACCUUUUUUCGCCCCGGGUACCCAUUCGUCAUCACCGACGGUGGACUACUGUUCAACAUUCGCCCCGACGGUACACGAAGCCUUUGUAUACCACACAACCUGAUCGGAGAGGUCCUCGCAGAAGUGCAUGACGAGAAGCACCACUUCGGCAAGAAUCGAAUACUCUGA